UCACGGCGAUUUGGCCGCGUCGAAACCGCACCACGGCGUGAUGGGCAAACAGCGCGCCGAGCGUUUAUGGGGCGAUCUUACCAACUCGUUGAACAACAUGACCGGCGGCUUCAAGACUAUGGAGCAGUGGAAGAAGACCUGGAUAGACUGGAAGAACAAGACCAAGAAGAAACAGCAGUACAAUCAAAACCACCCUUCGGGGAAGCCGAAGCCCUUCUCUGCUAUGGAGGAGCGGGUGUUAGCUAUCAGCUGCCGGUUUUCAGCAGACCAGCACUGGCUGUAUGGCGACCAGUCGGUAGAGUCACCGAAGUCAUCAGAGACCGUCUCUGUUAUAUACCCGAAGGAAUCAGAAACCAAGUCCCAAACGCCCACAAUUAUAUACCAGACGCCAUCAGAAAGUACGUCGUCAAAAACCGUAUCUGUUAUGUACCAGAAACCAUCAGAAAGUACUUCACAACCGGGCUCUAUUAAAUACCAGAAAGCACAAGAAACUGCUUCACAAUCGGCCACCAUUAUAUGUCAGAAAACAACGGAUUCCACAUCGCCAAAAACGGCAUCUACUAUAUACCAAAAACCAUCAGAAACCACAUUAAAACUGGGCUCUAUUAAAUAUCAGAAGGGCCAAGAAACUACGUCACAAUCGGGCUCUGUUAUAUACCAGAAACCAUCAGAAAACAUAUCACAAUCGGCCAAGAUUAUAUAUCAGAAAUCAUCAGAAAACAUAUCACAACCGGCCGAAGUUCCGAUAGAGUUCGAAGAAGUAUUGUUAGAAGAACUGAUGGAUGAUGAGGUGAUUCCAGAAGCUGAUGGCAAUUCAACCAAACACAAUAUAACGGGAGAGGAGACUCUUGGUAAAAACUCCCAGUCUAUGGACACGCAACAGUCGAGUGACCUUCAAGCGGAGUCCGAAUGCGAAAUGACCAAUGAAGAAGUCACGGCGGCGGAGAGCGAAAACAAAAUAAUGUAUUUGUCAAGAAUUCGGCCCACCGCAGAGCAGUUGGAGUUACUGUUGCAGUAUAUAGACAGGCACGGCGACCCGGUCCAUUGGAGCCGCCAAAAUGGCUCGACCGCCGCCGACACGGUGCUCGCGCGGCGUUUGAAGGCCGAUCAGAUGUGGAUCGAUCUGACGGACGCUUUGAACGCCAUCGGCAAUAGGAAGACCAUCGGCAAGUGGAAGAAGACGUGGGUCGACUGGAAGUCUAAAACGAAGAAGAAGUUGCAAAAUUCAGGGCACGAAAACUUGAGCUCGUACGAGAGACGAUUGAUCGCCGUGUUGGCUAGAGCCAAGAAAAAACUCGAGGCAAAAUCCGAAGAGCAAAUUGCUGCAAUUAAAGAAUUCUUGGUUGAAAACGCCUCUGAGAGUGGGCGGGGUCUAACGCCUAGUUUGGACGACCAGCCGGCAGAUGGCGUGAGUAAAACCUAAUAAAAUUAAUUAAAACUUAUUUAACUUUACUACGAGUC